GAGACGCACUGAGGUUUCCAGAACCACACCGAUGAUUCUGCAAUGGCACUGUGAAGUCUAGAGCUGCACUGAGGAAUCUAGAAUGACAAUGAGGUUUGCACAAUGAUAAUGAGGAUUCUAGAGCCACAAGAGGAGUCCAAAGCCACAAUGAGGAUUCUUGAACCACACAGAGAAAUCUAGGGCCACACUGAGGAUUCUUGAAUGACCGAGAGGACAGUAGAGCCAAACUGAAGCCUCUAUAACCACAAUGAGAGUUCUACUGUGACAGAGAGUAUACUAGAGGCACAGUGAGGCUUCUAGGACAACAAUGAUGAUUCUACACUGAUCCUAAGAGUUCUAGAAGGGCAGUGAGGAUUCUAAAAACACACUGAUGAUUCUAAAAUGACACUAGAGAUUCUAGAUUCUAGAAGCAGACCGAAGAUUCUACAAUGACACUGACAAUUAGAGGUAUACUGAGAAAAUAACACUGGGAAUUCUAGAUACAUGCUGAGGUUUCUGGAACCACACUGAGGAUUCUCUGAUGGCACUGUAACACCCAGCCCAAGCAUUUACUGUCCUGAUCACCAGGGGGCACUCUUCCCUGAGUUCUGAUCCACUUCUUCAGGUGCUCCCCUUGUUUCCUGUCUGAACUCUUCAAAAAGCACUUGGCUCUGCGUUACAGCUUGUCUAUCUCUCUGCUGCUUGUGUGAAGGCGGUUUGCAUGCCAAAGCUGCUUUACUUCAGAAAGUCCUGGAGGCGCGUGUGUAAAGAGGAUCCAACAUAGACUGGAUCACUUUUUUUGUAACUGGUUUUCUGGCAAGAAUUGCUCAUCCAUGUUUCCAGUUUGGCUGAUGGAUAACCAGAAGAAAACGACACAACCUGAUAAAGUCGGCCUUGGAGUUCCAAAAACAGGCUCGCGCUCAUCCACGUCCCUUCCUCCGGAGCCGAUCGAGAUCAUCCGCACCAAAGCCCGCACCAGAAGAGUGCGGAUCAACGUGGGAGGCCUGAACCACGAGGUGCUAUGGCGGACUCUGGACCGGCUCCCGCGCACGCGUCUGGGCAAGCUGCGCGACUGCAACACGCACGAGUUGCUCAUGGAGGUGUGCGACGAUUACAGCCUGAACGAGAACGAGUACUUCUUCGACCGGCAUCCGGGCGCGUUCACGAGCAUCCUGAACUUCUAUCGCACUGGGAAGCUGCACAUGAUGGAGGAGAUGUGCGCGCUCUCGUUCGGACAGGAGCUCGAUUACUGGGGUAUUGAUGAGAUUUAUCUGGAGUCGUGCUGCCAGGCGCGCUAUCAUCAGAAAAAGGAGCAGAUGAACGAGGAGCAGCGGAGGGAAGCGGAGACACUGCGCGAGAGGGACGGAGAGGGGGAGUUUGACCACUCCUGUUGUCCUGAUAAGAGGAAGAAACUGUGGGAUCUUCUGGAGAAGCCCAGCUCCUCAGUCGCUGCUAAGAUCUUGGCCAUCAUCUCCAUCCUCUUUAUCAUACUGUCCACCAUCGCCUUGUCGCUGAACACGCUACCUGAGCUCCAAGUGAUAGAUGAGUUUGGUCAGGCAAACGAUAACCCUCAGCUGGCACACAUUGAGGCUGUAUGCAUCGCCUGGUUCACCAUGGAGUACCUGCUGCGUUUCCUGUCUUCACCCAACAAGUGGAAAUUCUUCAAGGGACCUCUAAAUGUAAUCGACUUGUUAGCCAUCUUACCUUACUACGUCACUAUAUUUCUGACCGAGUCAAACAAGAGUGUGCUGCAGUUCCAGAACGUGCGGCGCGUGGUGCAGAUUUUCCGCAUCAUGAGAAUCUUGAGGAUCCUUAAGCUGGCGAGACAUUCGACUGGACUCCAGUCACUUGGCUUUACGCUCAGGCGGAGCUAUAAUGAGCUAGGCCUACUCAUACUGUUCUUAGCAAUGGGAAUUAUGAUAUUCUCAAGCUUGGUGUUUUUUGCUGAGAAAGACGAAGACGCAACAAAAUUCACAAGCAUACCAGCUUCAUUUUGGUGGGCCACUAUCACCAUGACGACCGUUGGGUAUGGAGAUAUCUAUCCACAGACUCUGCUUGGUAAAAUAGUCGGUGGGCUUUGCUGCAUCGCAGGCGUGUUGGUGAUCGCUUUACCAAUUCCCAUCAUCGUCAACAACUUCUCAGAGUUUUACAAGGAGCAAAAGCGUCAGGAGAAAGCCAUCAAGAGACGAGAGGCCUUAGAGCGAGCGAAGAGGAACGGUAGCAUUGUCUCGAUGAACCUGAAAGACGCCUUUGCCAGGAGCAUGGAAUUAAUCGACGUUGUGGUGGAGAAGAGUGAAGACAAACCAUCCUUCGAUAAUCACCUGUCUCCAAGCAGGUGGGGAAUUCCGAAGCGUGCUUCCUCGGAUGCCAGUUUAAGACCAUUUGAUAGAAAGGUUGGAUCACGGGAGUGUUUUAAAACCUCAAGUCCACAGCAUCUUAAUGUUCAGAAGCUAGAAGAAAUGUACAACCAGAUGAGCAAAGCACGAUCCUUAUCAGAUCUCGACAAAAAUCAGAAUGCUUCCGGGCCAAAGCAGGAAGCACAGAAUGCCAAAUCUGGUCGACAACGGAAUAGACCUGUUUCAGAUGUACCACACGUGGCGAGCACUGACAGUUUUGGAAGCUGUACUGAUGAACUCAGAGAAGCUAGCAAGUUGACCCCGUCAUCCAAAGACGAUGAUAAGCGCUCUGUGAAGAACACCACAAGUUUGGUGGAAAGUAGUAAUCCAGUUGAGACACCAUUGGACACGUUCCAAAUUAGUCCUGAACAGAGAAGCCAAUUUGAUUACGCACCUAGUGGUCACGUAACGUAUAACGAAGAUGAAGAGUGUAUUGUGGAUGACAACACAUUUUUAAUUCAAAGCAUUAACCCAGGCAUGAGAGUAAAUUUUCUAGAAAGUACAGAUGACGUUCCUUUGACACCUCCAAGCACUUCCUCUGCUCAGGAACUCAGCAUCAGUCUUCUGGAAGAUGACAACUCACCGGAGCAAGAAAGCUCUACACCUUUUCCUGAAUCAGUAAUACUAGCUAGAAUCCCAGAACAAGGACUAAUCCUUUCUCCAAAGCUUCCUGUUGGCGAUUUCCAUCCAAACGAGACUUUAUCGCUCCUCGAGGAACAUGAGCGAGAGUCCACAGAGGAGGACAUUGCUGGCACUUCGGUUCCUUCACCCAAAUUUACUGCACAAAACUGCACUCAGGACGGAGUGGGUGACAACGCAGAGGGAAAAACCGAAAGCAACCAAAGUGGACACAUAGUAGACAAUCACAUGUUUACGCCAGAGAUUCAUCUCAUGCCAGGAGACGGGGAUAUUUCACAAACUAGCAUGUGAAACACUGGAAGAUGAAAAAAAAAAGAGGCAUGGAGGAGUAGCGAAAGAUAUUUUUGCAUGGCAUGAAAAUGAAAAGGUCGUUAUAUUUGUGGCAUUGUCUGCAGGAAACGUCGAAACAGUCUUCAAGGAAAAAGAACGUAUUUAUCUAAAAAAAAAAAAAGAAAAAAGAAUAAAAAUCACGAUCCUGCUGAUUCAUACGUACUCGACGAAGGAAGGAGAAAGUGCAGAGGGACAGAAAGAGCAUGCAUAUAAAACUUAUGUUUACGGUGCUUAGUGUGCUGAAAGCGCUUCACUGUAAAUACACCGAGGACUGAAUGAUGCACAUAGCCACAGAGGACAAAAGAAAUUCAAAUCCAACUUAUUUAUUUAAAUACCGCGCUUCGGAGACUGAAAAGUUGCAAAACAGCAACGUACUGAAACAUAUCAUUACAUAGUAAUGCAAUGUGUACCAUGACAGAGCUGUCUUUUUAUUUUAUUUUUAUUUUUUUUUAAGAGUAUAGUCUGUGAUAUCAAUAACAUUUUGACUGGUAAUUUGCAAUUUGAGUUCAUUUCAGAUUUAAUGACCAGAAAUUAACUGUCACGCUCGUUCAUAAAUAUUUUUAUGAGCAGAUUUUCUUAGCCAGCUAGCUAGUUCUGGAUGUUACUGAAUGCUAACGAAACACCAGGCAGAUAGCAUAAGUCAGGUUUUGAAUGUGUAUAAUAAUAAUAAUAAUAACAAUAAUAAUAAUGUUUAACAGAGAUUUUUUUUUUUUCUUAGCAAGAAACACUAAACAUCAGCAUGAUAAAGUGGCACUGUAACUCAAAGUCUGUACAUCUCACCUGUUCUCAUUUUCCAUUCACUCAUGCUAGCUAGCUUUCUAGGUAGAACAUUUAAAGAUAUAGCAACUAGGAUAACACUGAGCAGCUAACAGAAAUUCUUAGGUAGACUGAUGGCUACCUUUAUUCAAGUUUUAUUAACCGAUCCUUUAUUUCCUGACAAGCGGUGAGAAUCUAAUCUCGCUCAAUGUCCACUUUAUUAGGAACACCUGUACACUUGCAAUUCGUGCAAUUAUCCAAUCAUGUGGCAGUAGCGCAGUGCAUAAAGUCAUGCAGAUACAGGUCACGAGCUACGGUUAACGUUCACAUCAAACAUCAGAAUUGGGAUGAAAGAAAAUGUGAUCUAAGUGACUUUGACCGUGACAUGGUUGUUGGUGCUGGUUGAUCAGAGUAUUUUAGAAACUGCUGAUCUCCUGGGAUUUUCAUACACUACUGCCUCUAGAGUUUACACAGAAUGGUGCGAAAAACAAACGAACAAAAACAUUUAGUGAGAGGUAGCUGUGUGGACAGAAAUACCUUGUUGAUGAAAGAAGUCAGAGGAGAAUGGCCAGACUGGUUCGAAUUGACAGAAAGGCUAUGAUGACUCAAAUAACCACUCUUUACAACCAUGGUGAGCAGAAAAGUAUACUUUGAAGUGGGAACAGCCUCAGUGAAACUGGACAGCUGAAGAUUUGAACAACAUUGGCUGUUUUUCCCCCCAAUCUUCAGCUGUUCUUUUUGGGUGAGUUUGUGUCCACUGUAGCCUCAGAGUCCUGUUCUUUUCUUACAGGAGCGUGGGACCUGAUAUGGCUUUCUGCUGUAGUAGCCCAUCUACAUGUUAUGUGUAAGCAGUGGUUAUUCGACUUACCAGUCUUGAUUUACCUCUAUAAUCAACAUGCCGUUUCCACCCACAGAGCGACUGCUCACCAGAUGUUUUUUUCUUUUCUUUUCACACCAGUCUGUGUAAAUUCUAGAGAUUGUAUGUGUGAAAAUCCCAGGGGAUCUGCAGUUUCUGAAAUACUCAAACCCACCUGUUUGGCAACAACAACCACGUCAUGGUCACUGAGGUCACUUUUUUUAUCAUUCUGAGGUCUAAUGUGAACAUUAACUAAUGCUCUUGAUCUCCCUGCAGAAAAAAAACAAAACAAAAAAACAAUAGAAACCCUCAUAGAACUGGUAAUGGUUUUAAUGGGAAUUGAAUUGGUUUUAAUGGAAACUGUGGUUCUCUUUUGGUAAUUUGUUGUCUUCUAUUGGUGGCAUGUUAUGUCUAGUGGAUUCCAUUAAGGACCAGUAAUGGUAAUGGCUUUAAUGGUUAGCUGAUGGUUUUUAAUGGUAUUUGUAGUGAAAACCAUUAGUAUUUCUGUGAUGGUUUCUAUUGCUAUAUCUGCAUAAUUUUAGGCAUUGCAUGAAUAUGCAAGUGUAGAGGUGUUUCUAUUAAAGUCUGUUAGUGUAUGUUCUGGUCAUUAAAUCUUAUUUUUGCUUUACAUAUAUUUUUAUAUCACAAUUAAUAAUAAUAAUAAUAAUAAUAAUAAUAAUAAUAAACAUUAGGUCCAAAAAAUCCUUAAAUAUUCAGCUCCACUUUCAACAUAGAAUUACAUAGAAUUAUGCUUCCAAAAAUUGUUGCAUUAUUAAAUUAAACCCACGCCCCUUUUCCAUUGACAGGCCGGAGCUGGUUCAGGUUCGGUUCUCCAAUGAACCUGUUUAAAAUUCCGGCUAUGUUUGAGAACCAAACCAUGCCAUCAUUUGAUGUGGUCGUUCUUUGACUUUCUUUGAACAUUUCCUAAUUUUAGUGUCUGCACAGCAAUCGGAUAUUGCCACAGCUGAUGACCUCACACGACCGCGCAUAAAGCUACAUGCUCCGAUUGUUCAUAUUCAUUAUGAUUCAGUUAGCAUUAGCAUUAGCAGUGUAGCUGCCCCUCAAUUUGUUAAUUGCCAGUAAAGUGUUUCUUCCUCAGACCGCAAAUUGUGACACUGAUUUCACUCAUUGUUUCAAACGUAAUCUCCACGUAAUCAUCAUUGUGUUCAUGUGUAAUUUCAUACAAACAACUUUGUCGCCAUGGCAACGAAACAUCCUCCAGUCCGUCGGUUCUUCUGUUCCAGUCUGUGGUUCAAUGCUGUUUUCAAUGCACAAUUGUUGACUUCCCCCUCGCAACUCGCAGUUAGUCUAGCGUGCUAAUUACCAGUAGAGGAAAAAUCAUUAUAAGCUCUUGUUUACAGCUUCAUUCGACAACGCCCGUUUUGAAGACCGGUGCAAGGUCUUCUGGGUAAAUUGUGUUCCUGAUGUCUACAAUGAUGUCAUCUGGAUCCCUCAUCUAACGCUCUUCUAACCAACUUCACACAAACGAACACAGUAAAGGAAUUUUAAAACAGCCGAAAGGACAAGGGGAGGUGGACAAAAAGUGUGUUAAAAAGAGAAUUGGAACACUCCAGCACCGUAUCGAUGGAAACAUGUUUUAAGUGUAAUCGUCAUCGUCAUGUGGAUUAAAAUGAUUUCAGUCCAAUUGAACCCCAGAUUACUUUACAAUAUCAUUUCCUAUUGUGUCAUGUUGCCUUUAUUCAAACGUUGCUGUAUGUCCUGUGUAUUUUCAUCAUGUGUAAUUUAAUUGAACUUUAAAACUCAUAUAUUUUGAGGAUUGUGUAAAAAAAAAAAAAAAAGAAAGAGGGUUUUUAGUGAAUGGAGGGAAAGUGCAAUACUGUCCUACUGCAAAUCUAUGCAGGCCAAGAAAAAAAAAAAUGCACUUUAUUUUACAGUUUAAUGUACAAGCAGACAAAUACACAUGUAUUUUACAAAUACAUAUCUUUAAUAUUUAAAAAAAAAAACAGUGUUACUACAGGUCAAAAAUAAGAUUUUACAUCAGUGUGACUUGGAUAUAAACGAUCUUCAAAUCAGAAAAUAUGGGCCUUUUUAAUCAUGUUAAAAUGAAAUUAAAACAUGAGAACGAUCUAAAACAGCCACAGGCGAAGUGUUUUACGUUUUUUUGUGAACAAACACUCUUGAUACUUCUAUUUUUUCUAAACCGUUUUCCUGGCUGAAAUAACGCACGCCUAUUCGUAAAUAAAUCACACUAUUUAUGGAAAGGCUCGUUUUUUUGUUGUUGUUUUGUUUUGUUUUUUGUUUUGUUUCUUGUUCAUACAGCACUGUACAGAAAAAAGACAAGCAAACUACUUUUUAUAGGAAUAAAUCAGGUCUUUCAGUGAGAGAUAAUAAGAAAUAAUCUAUGAGUUCUCAGGUUUUCUACAAAACAAAUGUACGACUAGUGUGUGUUUAUCCUUAUUUGCAGAUAAAGAUGUCAUAUUUUAGGUCUCUUGUUAAACAGAUACGUGUUUAUGUCUUGGCAGAGAGGGAAACGUUAUAACAUAAGGCCAUAGACAUCAUACU